GUAUUGGUUUUUAUCCGCUCACUUUCAAGACUGGAUUACAAUCCGUAGCUCAGUACACGCCAUUUGUAAUGGAUAAUUAGUGUCGACCUACUUGUUUUAAAUUGCAUUCGUAGCGAAAAUAGUGAAGGUUAUUAGUAGCUGUUGUUGUUUUUGUUUUCACUUCCAUAAGAAAUAAAUACAUGUAAAAGACUGGGCUAUACAGAAUUGAAAAAUGGAGGACAAAGGGGCUGCCGAUAAAUUCGUGUAUCCACCUUUACCAGCAGAGCAAAAUCCCGAAGAAACUCACGAGAUGGUAACUAACGAAAAUCAAGAAUCACCGACAGAAGAUGUUGUGAAGUUCACCCCGACGGUUCAACAGGGUGAAGUUCAAAAAGUUAAUGUAUUAUUUUGGUGUAACUUUGUAGGUGUCCUUCUGUUGCUGGUUGGAUUUGUCGCCCCUGGUUGGUUGACAGUAACAGCUGAGCAUAAAUUAACAUAUAGCAGUUGGUCUGGGAGAACUCAGCAUAUACAAGAUGUAUACCAGGAUUAUGCACUCUGGUAUGUCAUUCAGUGUUACCCGCAUGAUGGAACCAACAUUGAAUGCGAGACUAUGACGUACAGAUCUAUAAAUGGCAUCUACGCAGACGAAGUUACCAGUUACGAAAAGCUAGAAAUAGCUGAGCUGAAAAAUGAGGGUGGUGACAAAUUCAUGUUUCAUGGAGUAGCUCUGGUUUUUGGCUUUUCCAAGUUUGUUCAGAUUCAAGCACUGUACACAAUGGCUUUACUGAUAUCGUUCGCAUUGCUCUAUGCAUGGUAUGACCUUAGGAAAAAGGUUGUAAAGGGCACAAGUAAUGGUCAUAGCAAAUGGAUGUGGAUCUUUCUGAUACUUCUGACAAUUCUAGCCAUCGUUCUUAUUUUCAUUGGCGUGUUCAUAUUUGUUGCGGUUCUUGGUGAAUUUGGACCUGCUGUGGAACUUGGCACAGCAUUCGGGCUGUUGUUUGCCGUAUUUGGAGGAUGUUUCCUGGGCGUGGUCUUCGUGGCGGAGCUUGUACAAGUAUUAUGUUGUAGUAAUUUUGGUGCCUAGUUAUUAUCCAGUACAAUAAACUUCAUUGAAGAUCUAUUGUAACAAAGAUACUAUUUUAGUAAAACUUCUUUUCACAGUGAUCAACUAGAAGAAAAAGAUUUCUAGUAACUAAAACAGCAUUCCUUAAACUUCUAAGUGUUUACUUUUACAUUGACUCAAAAGAAAGCGAAAAUGUAAAUUGCCAAUAGUUUUUUAGCUUACCUGUCACAAAGUGACAGGAUGAGCUUUUGUGAUCGCUUUUCGUCCGGCGUCCGUCCGUCCGUCCGGCGUCCGUCUGUCCGUCCGUAAACUUUCACUUUGAAUGACAUCUCCUCAUAAACCACUAAGCCAAUUUCAUCCAAACUUCCCAGGAAUGUUCCUUUGGUGGUCACCUUUAAAAAUUGUUCAAAGAAUUUAUUCCAUGCAGGAUGAAAACUUUAAAUAUCAUCUUUUAAAGAACCAAAAGAGCUAGAGCUUAGAUAUUUGGCAUAAAACAUCUUCUAGUGAGUGUCUACCAAGUUUGUUCAAAUAAAAGCCAUGGGGUCAAAAUUGGCCCCGCCCCAGGAGGUCAUUGAUUUUCCCUAUUUGCAUAUUGUAAAAACUUUAAAAAUCUUCUUUUAAAGAACCCAAAGAGCUAGAGCUAUGAUAUUUUGCAUGAAACAUGUUCUAAUGAGUGUCUACCAAUUUGUUCAAAUAAAAGCCCUGGGGUCAAAAUUGACCCCGCCCCAGGGGGUCAUUGAUUUUCCCUAUAUGCAUAUAGUAAAAACUUAAAAAGCCUUCUUUUAAAGAACUCAAAGAGCUAGAGCUAAGAUAUUUAGCAUGAAACAUGUUCUAAUGGGUGUCUACCAAGUUUGUUAAAAUAAAAGCCCUGGGGUCAAAAUUGGCCCCGCCCCGGGGGGUCAUUGAUUUUCCUUACAUGUGUAUAUCGAAAACUUAAAAAAUCUUCUUUGAAAAAACCCAAAUAGCUAGGGUUUAGAUAUUAAGCAAGAAACAUCUUCUAGUGUGUGUCUACAAAGUUUGUUCAAAUAAAAGCCCUGGGGUCAAAACUGGUCCCGCCCCAGGGGUGUCAUUGUUUCUAACUAUAUGUGUAUAAUAAAAACUUUAAAAAUCUUCUUUUAAAAAACCCAAUGAGCUACAGCUUAGAUGUUUAGCAUGAAACAUCUUCUAAUGGGUGUUCUAAGUUUGUUCAAAUGAAAGUCCUGGGGUUUAAACUGGCCCCGCUGUGGGGGCCUAUAUACAGAUGCGACCUCAGGGCCAUCAUGGCCCUCUUAUUAUGUUUGCCAUUCCAAAAAAAUACAGAAACGAUAAUUACGAAUAAAAUGAAUAUAUUUUAAAAUGAAUAAGAUCAAUAUGUAACCUGCUGAGGAUUAUUUUGAACCCAAAUUUCAGUCAUGAGUUAAUCAAUGAGAAAGUUAGGCAUUAAAGGGACUCCACCGAGGUUUUUUGACAUGAUGGGACAGAAAAUAAUUUUUGCAGAAAAAUGUACCAUUUGAUUAAGGUAUAAAACUCUAAUCUAUGUGCAAAAUUUCAGAUCAUUCGCGCACUUCGUCUUUCCAGAAUAAUUAUUCAAAUUGUAAAAAAAUGACCUAAAAUGAAAAGCGUUUAAACGCAUUUCACUCAAAUCGGGCUAAGAAAAGCAUAAACAUACGAUUUUUAAUUUUUUUCAAAGUAUAUUCCUUAACUAUCUUUGCAUUUAUUUCUGUUUAAAGUGCCCAAGCUCAUUGGUGUAAGGAAUUGAAAUGUUAUGUUUUUUAGAAUUUUUAACCUCAGUGGAGUCCCUUUAAAAGUAUAUACUGAAAUUAUAUUAUGAAAUACGGUAUGUAUGUUUUCAAGCAGUUAUAUUCUUUUAAAAUAUGAUAAAGAAGAUCGUCAAGGAAAGGCGGCGUUCAAUGAAAAGAAGGAAAGGCGGCGUUGUAAAGUAAUUUCAAUUUUUGCCAGACAUUUUAUUUCGGUCCAUCUUUUUUUUAAUUGCCUGACAGCAAUAUUUGUAUCCCUUUGAGAUAAGAAUUGUCACGUGGUUGAUAUCUAUUUACUAUAGUUGUGACUGUAUAGAUUUUAGAAGAUGGAUUACAUCAUUGAUCUACUCAAAAUAUUUGUAAUAUCAUAACACAUGAAGAGAGAGAUAUAGUUAAAUAGUGCCCAGCUUUAUUUGUCAUCCACUUAAAACGCUGUAUUUCUUAAAAAUUUUGUUUGUUAAUUCUCAUAGAAGAACAAAAGUCGAAACUGUGUCAUAGUGCUUUUAUAUAACCGCCUUCGAAAAUAUUGACAGGUAGUGACGUAAUAAAGUGAAUAUUAAUGAAGCCAAAUAAAUACUUGACAUUAAGUGUGUUAGUAUUCAUCACAUUCAUAUAUAUUUUAAAGUUUAUAUGCAUGUUAAAAGUAAUCAUUGUUGCCUUAAAGUAUUUUCUUCUGUUAUAUUAAUUUCAGGGACGGGCUUAAUCUAAUGUUGCAAGAACUUGUUGCCCAACCCAUUUGCAUUUUGAUAUAUAAUCAUUAUUUGUAUGAUAUGUCUGUAAACAUGUAUUUAAUGCAAUAAAAUAUGUUUAAACUAGUAUUCAUCCGUAGCUGUACUACAGAAAUUAGAAACAUUCUCCUGUCGCUAUCGCUCUCGUCGAAGUUUCUAAUUUCUGUAGAACAACACAGGUGAACACUAACAAAUACUUAGCUACAUAUCAUGGUAUUUGGUUUUAUACGUGUCUUUUUAGUUUCUUUUUUUUAUAUUUACGAUGCAAUCUUGUCGUGGACGAACAAUAUAUUACUAUUUCUAAAACAUUUAUUUUCAUGUAUAAUUUUCCCGUUAAUUCUUUUAAUUUUGUUUUAACGUUGUUAGAGUUGUUUUUUUGUUGUUGAAAUAUUUAAGUCCAAGUUGUAGAAGAAAUUAAAUUGAUCUCUUUUUCUCUUCUUUAGUGUACUAUUUGUAUUUCAUGCAGGUUUCUAGUUAAGUUUGUAUUGAAGCUUCUUUCGUAAUCUGUAUAUUUAGAACUGUUCUCUUUAUUUCAUUGAUAGUAUAUUGCAUUGCAUGUCAAUUUUAUAUUUAGUGAUUUAUAUUUUUUACUUGGUAUUAUUGUUGUUUUAUUUUUUUACUUUUAAACUUACAUAUUCUGUGCAACAUAUAAAUCUACGUAACAAUAAAACGUUUAUGUGCUUUAUCUUGUUCAUGUAUAUUUAUGCAUUUAAAGACAUUUAUCUUGUACUAAAAACAAUAUCUAUCUCCCGUUUGCUUCGUUAUUAUUAUGUAUAUAAAAAGCAAUUUACAUUAUUAAAGCAUUUAAAAAGUUAAUCGAGUUUAUAAAUUAGCGUUUAAGGUUGUUUUCGUUGUUACGACAUUUCUGCUAGGUGUUAUUUCUAAACUCACUCUAUAAAAAAACAAGAGUAUCAGAUAAGCAAGAUUUUCGUUUGAAAGAAUUGUCAGUGUUACCGUUGUUAAGGAUAAUUCUAAUCAAUAAAUUAUCUUGCCGGAUUUCCGAAUUGUGGCCUUGUUAACACAUGUGACAAAAAAAGAAAAUAAUUUACAACUUUAAAAAUGAGACCUGUAUUGAUGCAUACUAUGUUAUAGAGUUUUUUUAACCCGUCCGUUCUAGCUAAUGGUAAUGAUAUCAAAAAUAGUAUUAUUGAAAUAAUGUUUACUCGUAAUUAAUUUUGGACGAACAAGAGGUGCUUAACUUAUUUUUCAACAGAAGAAAUAUGUGCACUGUAAAACACAUGCACGAGUUUAUUGUGGCUUUUGUGUAUUAUCCAUUUGGAUAAAUGUAGUUUAGCUCAAUUGUGAAUAUGGUAGAUAAUAAAUUAGUGACAAGUUGGAGGCUAUAAUUUAAUGACUUUUGAAGACCAACCACAGCAACAGAAGUAUUCAAAAGGAUUUUAAAUCUUUGAGUAAUAACAUUUCUUUCUAUUCGCUACCAAACGGGGUUGCAAUGCAAUGUCACUUCUCAGUAGGGGAAAGAUACAAAAUGACCUAUGGCGGUACCACCUGACGUGCGCCAGCUCUUCGAAACUUUAUCUGAAACUGAAAUACAACCAAUGGAAAAACUUUGUCACUUCGGAUGAGGCUAUGAUUUACUUAGGCGAAGUAUGGGCGAAGAAAGGUAUGUUAUAUCAGAAAGGGGAAAUAUCUUGGUGGAACACUGAAGUUUGUCAAACAAGAUGUUUUUGCCAGCGGCUUCGUGACAUAUGCUGAUGUUUCUUCUAGAGGGAAAACAGAUAUUCGAAUCAUCGAUAAAGGAAAAAAGGUGACCUCUGAGUACUAUAUCAACAAAGUGCUAAAGCCUUUGUUGGAGAUAAUAUAUGAUAAACAGGAUCGACAAGGAAAGGCGGCGUUCAAUGAACGCAACCCCCACAAGACCCAACAACUAGAACCAGCGGCAAGGAGACCAGGAGACCCCAAACAAAAACAUUACAGGGCGCAAGACAGAAGACUUUUUCCUGAGAGUGGUGGGAGCAUGGAAAAAGCCAUGGCAUUCCACCAGGACAUUGCGUGUAGCCACACGUCUAAAAACGCUAUCUUUUCUCAAAGACUGUCAAAUUAACUUUGUAACCCCUGAAGAGUACAUAAUUGGACUUUGGUUUCUUGGGUAUGCUUAAACGUCGUUUGCAGAAGCGGCAAAUAAAAACGCUUGUCUGUCUCAAAAAGGCACUUAAGGUCGAGCGGUGCAAACUUUAUCAGGAAAAACUAAAAAUUGAGAAAACGUUGUAGGAUGGUGUAUAACUGCCAUGAGUGGCCUAUUGAACAUUUAAUACAAUCAAUGCUAAGAAGUGGUUGAAGUUUUCUUGUUGUUGAAAAGAAGUUUUUGUUGAAAAAUAAGUCGGGCACCUCUUCUAUAUGUAAUGUUCUGAAAUAACUUAGAUAUUGUUUCUGUUACCCCAUUUGCAUUUUGUAUGUUAGAAAUUAAUAAUGUUUUCUUAAGAUAUGUGCUUUAUAAAAAUGUUCGAAAUAGAAUAGAAACAAAUGUAUGAAAUAAAUGUGUGUUGUAGUUCUAUUGGUUUAAUAUUAUACGUACAAUUCUAAGAUUUGUGAAAUAAAGUAUUUAAACGAAUGUAUUUUGAUAAGAUUAUUAUGUGCUGUUUUUAUAUCUGAUUAUGCAUUUAUAAUUCGGGUUCAAUUAUAUAUGGUUUACAGUGAUGAUAAUUUUAUCAGAGCUGCCUUAGGUCAAAGUUUUAUUUUAUUCUUUAUGUUUCAAGAAGUUAACGGACAAUUCAUACUUUGGAGAAUAUAUUUUAAGUUGUGUUUUAAAAAAUCGGUUGCACCUAUUUUUCAAUAUUGGUUGUGCUACAAAAUCACUAAUAUGCCUCUCGAAAAUUAAAGGGGAGAAAGCAAUGAAUUUCUUUCCGGUAUACAUUUUAUUUCAUAGAUACUUAUAUUGUAUUGCCUGAAGUAACAAUGGCCUUGGAAAGUAAAUGAGGACUGUGUUACAUUGUUAGCAAUACUUCGUUUUAACCCCAGAUAUGGUGCUUACAAAGCG